CCGUGAGGGGUUCAGCCAUUGUGUGUGUCACCACUUUAUCGUCAGUGAGAAAGAGAGAUGCCACCAGACGUUGCAUGCGGGUUGAAGACGUCUUGAAGAUGCAGUGAGAGUGAAAGUGAUGCGUAAUCCCCCACGUAUCAAGACGUCGUCUUCCAGUAGGAGGAGGUUAGCGAAAGGUGUUCCCGUCUGGGCGUCUUGGAAUGCGUGCUUCUGUAGCUAGGAGGAGGCCGGCGGUGCCGAAUUAGCAUGUCAAAUAUCCUGCCACCACCACGUACUGCAGAAGGAAUUCCAAAUUUCGGGUGGAUGUAACGUUGCGUCUGGACCGGGUAAGAACGGGAAGGAGGAGACGGAGGUUCGUUUAUUAUUCUCCCAUCUUCAGUAAUCUGCAAAUCGGAGUAACCACUGCAGGGGUUUUAUGUGAGGGACUAUAAGAAGGAGGGCUGUUUAUUAGAGUCCGAUCUUCAGUAAUCAGUACAUCGGAAUUACAGUGAGACGGUUUCAUGUGAAGGACUGUAAAACACUGCUGCUAUAAGCGGAACUGUACCUAUGGACGGGUAAAGACAAGAGGAGAAGGAGGGCCGUUUAUUAUUCUCAUAUCUUCAGUAAUCAGUUGGUUCGAGUAUCCACUGCAGGGGUUAUAUGUGACUGUGAAUAGUGCUGCUAUGAGCGGAACAGUAACUAUGAACGGGAGAGAUUUGCUGGUGUUGGUAGGCGCGGCGGCGGCAGGGAAACCAUCCCUGAGAGAGAUGAUGCUAGUUCGCGAUUAAUGUAUUCAGAUAGAUCUGGUGACGGGUAGUGAGCGGGACUAGUGUGCACGGCAUCGGGACUGAGGGGCCGCCACCACGCACGUCUGGUUGGCCCAGAGCAGGGGCGCUGCUUCAGCUGCUCCUGCUGUAGGUGUUUCCUCUUCUCCGACCGUACGCAGACGGGCGGCGAGAAGCAACACCAACGCCGCUACCCCCGCUGUAAGGAUGACCGGAGAAAACCAGCACGCGUCGUCCGGAGGGUCCCCGGCCCACCACCGCGGCUCGGUGUCCAAGCAGAGCGCCGUGGUACGCCCGGUGGAUCGUCGGAAGUCGGGAGACACGCUCAUAUUCCUCAACAUCGGCGGCUGCAAGUACGAGGUAUGGCAGAGCACCUUAGACCAGUACCCGGACACCGUGCUGGGAAGCAAGCUGAGGGAUCGGUUCUACGAUGAGAAGAAGAACGAGUUCUUCUUUGACCGGGAUCCGGGCUUGUUCAGGUACAUUUUGAAUUUCUACCUAACCGGAACUCUGCACGCCCCCGUUGUGGAAGACACGAGUGCGUUUGAUGAUGAAAUAGGGUACUUCCAAAUCAACCCUGAUUUCUACAUGGGUCUGUGUUGCUACGAGGGAUAUUUAGAUCGAAAGGGUUUCGACAUCAAGACGGGGAGGGUGCGUAACUCUUUCGACGAGGAAGAAAAAACCCCGGAAAAGAAGGGGCCCCUCACCAUCCGCGAAAAUCUUUGGGAGACGGUCGAAAACCCCCAGUCGAGUACCCAAGCGAAAAUCUUUUUCUACGUGACCGGUUUUUUUAUCGCACUUUCUGUUGGCGCUACUAUCAUAGAGACAGUGUUCUGUCAGGAGACUGUCAAUCCGACAUUCGAGGACGAGCUGAGGCUUGCUAGAUGUAAGGUGAUCUUUACGUGCAUAGAGACAGCCUGUGUGGUGGUCUUCACGUGUGAGUACUGCGUGAGAUUGUACGCUUCGCCGGAAAGACUCAAAUACGCCAAGUCCUUCAUGUCGGUCGUGGACGUGAUUUCUAUAUUUCCUUUCUACGCAGGGCUGUGCCUUCCUGAAAGCAAUCAAUUGCAAGGCGUUUUUGACACCACCCGAGUAUUCAGGGUGUUCCGAGUCUUUAAACUAUGCAGGUCCUCCCCAGGCAUGAUUCUCCUAGGCAAGACACUGAAAAAAUGCGCCAGUGACUUGAGUUCGCUCGUUAUGGCAUUGAGUCUACUUAUUCUCGUCUUCACGACAAUGUUGUACUACAUGGAGAAGAAUUACGACGGUACGCUCUUCACCUCGAUCCCAGCAGGCUUCUGGUUUACUAUAGUAACCAUGACAACGGUAGGAUACGGAGAUAUGUAUCCCUCGGGAUUCCUGGGGAAACUGUUAACUGCAGUGUGGGCAGUGUCCAGUGUGAUCGUCCUGGCGCUGCCGUUGACCAUUCUCGUCGAUACGUUCACCAACAUCCGGGAAUCGAUGAUGAAACCAACGAGACGAAGAGAUGGGGAAGAAGAGUCCAACAACAACAACAAGUCUCCAGAAAAGACGGGGUCCAGUAAGUCUCGUAAGAGCAUAGAGACGGUAGAAACUGUAGUAGAGAUGAACGUCUUGAAUAAAGACCCUACUGCGGUUGUUAAGGACUUGCUACAAGUCGACGUGACGAACGACAAGCGACCCCCGUCUCGUACCCCCAGCGUAGCCUCCGAGGAAAAGACUGAAAAGUCGGAAAAAGCGGAGAAGAAUUCCAUCACCAUAAACGUACCAACAGCCGAGAACAAACCGUCGUCGGAAGUGAGUGAAGAGAACAAGAAGAAUACAUGCAACACGAGUUCCACCAAGAACGUUUCGGAAAAAGACAAAGACAACAAAAACGCCCCUAGCAACGAAAACGCCCUUAGCAACGAAAACGAAGACAAAAACGUCAUAGACACCAAAAACGUACCCAACGAAAACGAAAAGAACGCCAAAAACGAAAUCGCGGUUACUCAACCCACUGAGAGUAUCAAAACAGGUGGCGAUGUCAAUAAAAAGAGCGGGCACAACAGGAAUAAAAGUUCGAGGAGUUCCAACACCAGUAAAAAUAGCGGAGUCUCCACGAACGACUAUCCACCGUCCGCGACCGCCACUCUUUCAGACCAAGACUCGACGUCGCAACACUCCAUUGAUACAAGAGUCUAG